AGUUGGCGGCAUUUUACUUUUAUAGUGAUAACGAGACUACAUUUAAAUUUAAUUGCGCUUUUUAUCUUCUAUGUAAAAAAAUGGAUGCGAAAACGAUAUUCAGUAAAAUAAUAAAAUUUGGACAAAAUAACAGUGAACGUGAAGAAUUAUACAAAUUCUGCAAAUUGAAACUUGAACAGGUGUUUGAUGAAAUUCCUCGUAGAAUACAACACAACGAUGGUGCUAACUUGUUGGAUUGUAUCUUCAAUGGUUUACCAGAUAAUACAUGCAAAAUCAAAAUUAAGGUAAUUGAUAUUGUACUACAAACAAUGAGAAAAGAAUCAACGUCUCUCACUCACUGUGGUGAUGUGAUAAGUAGACUCUGCUUAGAAUUGCCAAGAUUGCCGUUAGAACACUUGGUGAGGUGGAGCAGUGAUAGUGUACAAUCAAUAGUAGAUGAUAGUGAUGUUAAUAUGAUUUGGAGAGACAUAUUACCAGAAUGCCUAAAUGCUAUAUCAUUACACGACAAUGUAAAACAUUGUGGUUCUGAAUUGUCAGGAGUUGAAUUUAAAGUGCAGUGUGUCCACACAUUGUGUCAAUGUCGAUGGACCGAGAAACAGUUGGUACAGUUGACGGCUAUGUUUAAAGACAUUCAACUGCUCCACGCAGAUCACAGACAAGUUGUAAACAAGAUCUGUUCAUAUAUGGUGGACAUAUCACCUGAUGCCCUGCCUCCCCUUGUCCAUCAACUGCUCAAAUUGUGUAAGUUAUAUAAUGUAGAAGUAGUUCUUGCUCACUUGAGUCAUUACUUUAAUGUAAGACUCUACAGCAAGCUGGAGCCUCCGCCUCAAGACUCAGAGUCUACCACAAUGGAUGUUGAUGACAUAGUUCAACACAGCCCCGCAGAGAUGAGUAGAUGUUUGUCUACAUGUUUGUACCAUAUAUCACAGGGAGCGGCUGAACCGGAACUCAUUCGCAAACAUAUAAAACAGUGGCCAAAAACCCAACUGUUAAGGACACCAUUCCUCAUCGACCUUUCUUUAGCUGUCUCGGACAAGGGAGCGGAUUUCAGAUCAGUAUGUUUGGAUGUAAUAAAGUCGGCAAUAGAGUUUCGUAUAUUGGACGAGCUAAGAAGCAAGGAGUCUGCGUGGGUACGCUCUGUAUUGCCGCCGGAUGUUGAUAUUGUUAGCGUGCUUAAAGUUCUUACUACUGAAAGUGCUAAUCACAGACAAUUAACGGUGGUGGGUCUCAUCAACCUAGCCUUCAGCUUGCUCUCCGUAUCCCGCUUAAAGCCAACGGCCCAAGCGUGUUGGUCACACGGGAAGCUGAUAUUGGUGCGGCUUUGUAAGGCUCAGCCCGAGACCGCUGGGCACAUACUCAGUCAGCUCGCGGAUAAAAUAUUUGGAGACUACUCCCAACAUCAGUAUACAGACUGCCUGCACCUGCUGUGCAAGCUGACGCCGGCGGCGGUGGAGCGCAGCGCGCAGCUGGCGGGCGCGCUGGAGAGCUGCGGCGCGGGCGGCGCGGGCGGCGAGCGCGUGUACGGCGCCGUGCGGCCGCUGCUCGCCUACAGCGCGCGCGUGCGCGACGCGCUCGUCAUGGUGUGCCGCAAGGGGCUCUACUCCCGGGAUUCCAGCUACCGCUGCUUAGCCCUCUUCGGCUUCUUGACCGUGCUAAGACACAUGAAGUUAUCAAGAGAACUCUCAUCGAGUCAGAGCGGCACGAGCGAUCAGUUCAGCUCGCACUCCUACCUCACCCAGCUCACUGUGGACAUGCACGCCACGAGUCAGGGCGCUGCGAUAACGUCUCGAGUUCGCAACGAAACGAUAUGCUUGGAGGUACUCUCGAUUCUACGUCGUUGUCUCGUACAAGAUGCUGCCGUUAAACAAUUAUUAUACACUGAUAUGUACGAAUGUACCAAAGAUAAGCCAGCUCUACACGAGUCGAUCUUGGAACUGUUCUAUGAGCACUUGAUCAAGUAUUUACCUGAUGAGGACGAUGAAACUUCCAUAUUACUCUUCGACAAGUGUGUACAAUUAUCAAGCAUGAGUGCCACACUAACAGAGCCAAUUGGUCGGCUGUUGUACGUGAUAGCGCAGUUCUUACAAGUAGAGGUAGAUGAGUCCGAAGACGUGCUUGGUAGUCAGAGUCAAAAUGGCUCCACGUUUCUUAGGAACAAACUGACAGAUAUUAUGGAAAAACUGUGCAAUAGCGAUCUCUCGGCUGCGAUACAAAUGGAAGACACAAGCCUAAAUGAUCUCACACCAGAGUCUAAAGCAAAAAAUAUUAAAGUACAGCAGACAUUGCAGUGCUAUGAAGCGCUCAUAGCGCAUCGCAUUAUGCAGUGGAACCCCGAGAACUCUAACGCCAACUCCGUGCAUCAUUUGUAUAAGGCUUACAAUCAGCUUUUAGAAAAUACUAAGGGAUCCCCGAAAACAGGUAAAAAGACAAAAUCGCUAAAUGAAACCAAAGAGACGGUGAAAUCACAAAAGACCCAAAAGUCACAGAAGUCACAGAAGGAGAAGGGCAAAUCACCCAAAAAAGUGUCCAACAUGGUCAAAGAUAGGGCCGGACCCUUCAAGCCCCUGCCCUGCCUGUGGGACUUGCAGCUGUGCCUGCGAGUUUUAGAUCUUCUGUACGCGUUUCAAGAUAUGUGUGAUUUCGACGACCACGCUACACUGGCCUGUCUUGAACUCUAUAAGACUUGUCUCAGCCUGUUACUCUCACCGGCUUUCUCGUUGAAGUUAGAUGUCGUCAUGUCUGGCAUAAUUGACAACGACAAACCAGCCACAGCUUGCAUAGCGGAAAUUCUAGAAAAAGUACAUUCAGCAGUGACACACAUAGAAACAGAGGCGGCUGAAGAUGAUCUUGAUAUGGUCAGAAAGAAGAUACUUACGACUCUGAUUCAGAUCGCUAUCUUACUGCUGGAGAUACCAGUCGUACCUUGCAGUCAGCUAAUUGGGGCGACGCUGAGGCUGGAGGAGCUCGUGCGCGGCAGCAAGCAGGCGGAGUGCCUGGGCGCGCUGGGCGCGCUGCUGGGCGCGCAGGGGGAGGGCGCGCUGCUGGGCGACGUGCUGCGCAAGCUCUCCGCCGAGCUCGGCCUCAUCGACGAAGAAGACAGUUCAGCUGACCAAGAAACGAGCAGUUUCCCAACGAUAGACUCCCGCUCCGGUCAUAUGGUUUUGGGCCAAGUGUGCGCUCACCUGAGCAAUCGGUUUAAAAGCACUGAGCACUUGCUUAGCAGGGCGAGAGACCUCACGGCCGCACUGAGCAUCGCCGUUCACUCGCACCAGCAGCGGAUAGACCGCGAAGUCCAAGAGUUGUACAAGUCCAUUGUAAUCCAACUGUGUCAGCUGACGACGUGGACGUCCGAGACGGCCAAGUUACGGUGUUGCAUCGGCGGCGGGAGCGACAAAGUCUUGAACAUUUGCAUGCGCCUGUAUUCGUUGCUGGCGACUUUCAUCAAGCAGCUAGACCCAGCCAUGGUGCAAACCCUCAGACUAGAAAGACUGCUUAAGUUCUCUGGCAAGAAGCUGUCUGCAGUCACGGACGGCCUUAUAACAUACUUGGAAUCGUCGCAGCAGCAGCAGAAGGCUAGCAAAGUGUUGAGGGACACCAAGCUGAUACCGCGACUCGUGCUCGAGGCGGAACAGUUCAGCAAACACGUCAUUCUCCUCGGAACGAAGGCUAAUUUGAACUUUCAACAAUAUUUAUCGUUGGGGACGGCGAGAGAUUUCAAAAUCAAAGCGCCGUUACUGCAAGGUGUUAUCAAUACAGGCGACCAAACGAACGAGAAGGAAGUGGAUGAACAUAUCAACGACGCGGCUACAGAAAUUCUGUCACCAUUGGCAAGUGAUGAAGAACGUAGCAACAGCGGUGAUGAAUGUAAUAACAGUGAUGAGGAACCAUCGAAAAAUAAACGCAAACGAGUUUCAUAAUGUUAUAUUUUUGUAGUAUAUUUUUUGAUGUUUAUAAAAUAAAUAAAAAACAAUGUA